CCCGCCCCCAGGCCCGCCCGAUCCGAGGCGCGGGGGUCUCGGGACUCCAGGCCCGGAGGUCAGAGCUGACUAAGACGUAUUCAGAAGCCAAGUCAUGGAUCCACCCGCACGUAAAGAAAAAUCCAAAGUUAAAGAACCUGUCAGCAGAGUUGAGAAGGCCAAGCAGAAAUCAGCCCAGCAGGAGCUGAAGCAAAGACAACGAGCAGAGAUCUAUGCCCUCAACAGAGUCAUGACGGAACUGGAGCAGCAGCAGUUCGAUGAGUUCUGUAAACAGAUGCAGCCUCCCAGAGAGUGAGCCACCCCUGUGGCCAAACGAGACGGGACCCUGGAGGCCUUGUGAGCUUGUUACCAGUUUUAAGCUGAGGUGGCCCAUUUGGAGCCUUACAGAACUAGACAGGAAGACAUUUGUGUUAUUCCUAAAACUGGAUAAAUCUGAACUCCCUACAUGUAACUUCUGCUUCACUGGUGUCUCCAAUCUGAAUUGGCCCAGUGCUUGCUGAAGACACUUGUUUUAUUCUUCUAAGACAAUAGACCCUUUUUUUUUUUUUCACCUUUUUCUAUUAUUUGAGAAAAAUCAGUCUUUCUUGUGAAACUGUAAAUCUUCUCCAAAAACACAAAUAAAAUACUAAUAAAAUGUU